AGCCAAAACCAAGCUGCACUAAAUAAGCCCAGGUUCCAACCAGUGAACUCGACCGUGUAAACGAGUGUGUAGUGCGUGAAAAAGGGUUUUUACAACAGUUCCCUUCCACCAAGGACACCAUGAAGUUGUUAGUGCUUUUGGGGGCACUGUGCGUGUGCGGUACGAUGGCUGCGUCGGAGGUGGAAUUGCCCGCUUACAUGGAGAUCUGUUAUCGUGACAGUCCUUUGCUUGGCAAUUGCAUCAAGAACAGCAUCCAGCGUAUGCUUCCGGAAAUGCAUACUGGUAUUGAAUCUCUCGGUUUCCCAUCGCUUGAUCCGUACGAGACCAAGAGCACCUACAUCGAUUACAAGCGCAACCAAAUGUCGGCUUCGCUUCACGUUAAAAACUCCAAAACGUACGGCAUGAGCAAGGCCCGGAUUCUGGACGCACGGGCGACAGCCACGGACAAGUCUUUGAACCUUGCCGUCGAUGUGCACUUCCCGGAGAUCGUCAUUGAUGGAUACUUCAAGGGCGAGGGACGCUUCAACAGUAUUAAGCUGGCGUCGAAGGGCUACUUUAACAACACCAUGUCUGACGUUACGACCACCUGGACGAUGUCGGGAAGCGUGAAGGAACGUGACGGCGAGGAAUAUCUGGAGAUCGAAAGCUUCGACAUGGCUCCUGAGGUAGCUAACAUGAAGAUUUACGCCACGGGACUGUUCCCCGAUCCAGAAUUGAAUCAAAUCGCUCUGGAGUUUGUCAACCAGUACUGGCCAAUGUUCUACAAGGAGUUGCUGCCCAGCUCCCGGGAAGUAUGGGAACCGGUGAUGGUCGAGCUGGUGAACAAAAUAUUCCUAGGUGUUCCGUACCGACGACUUCUGCCGAAGCAGCAGCAGUAAAAACUAACUAACCGGCUCACCGUUUCGCUGGAAUGUGGCCGAACGUUUUGUGUAGGUUUUUCGUCAUAAGCAAGCAGGUUAAUUUGUUGUAAUAAACGAUCAUGAUAUCACUCUUUCUCAGUGGAUGAUCAAUCCCCUUGGAGGCCCAAGGCGG